AAUGAAAUGAACACUUAGCAACUUCUUAGAUGUCCUUUUUUCUAUACAGUUUUAGGAAUUACUUGACUCAGACGGUGAAAUUUUGGGCAUGUCAGCGCGUAACCCCCUUUGCUUUGUCUUGACAUUAUAAAAUUUCUUUGACAUUUCUUUGGUUGGCUUUGGACUUCAAAGCAUUCGCAUUUUAUAAUUGGCCGUUUCCAUCCCAGGCGAGCUGUAGGAUCACAAGAGCAAGGAUGUCAGCCAUAAGCCUUCAAGCACGAGUCAACACAAGAUCUGUUAAAAAAUUAGAAAAACCUCGCCCACUUAAACUCAACACUUCUCAGAGCAGACAUGCCGAAAACCGUUUAUCAAUGGGAGGCGUCUCUGUUGAUGAGGUGAUGGCUUUGGCUGAUACUGUUUGCCAACACAUAUUAAAUGGCAACUGUGAUCGUGCGUUGCAAUCCAAUGUUGUAACUCUAAGUUCAAGCCUAAAACUGUAUGGGCAGCAGUUGGAGACUAUUUAUAAAGAUCAACUUGACAGGCUUUUUGUCACUUUCCGCAAUGGGUCUCGGGAUGAGAAACUGGACUACAUCUCACGGGUGCAUUUACUUGAAUUGGUCGAGCUCCGUGGUUCUAACUGGUCCGGAUGUGACAACAUGUCUGAUUACUAUCGACACAAGAUCGCUCACACUCACAACUAUGAGGUUGAUGUCAUCGAAUCACCUGUAACUCCUAGUAGUGCCCUGGCAAGUUUGGGACAGUUCGGCCAGGCAAAUCCUCUGGCAUCAUUGAAUCUCACACCUGCUCAGUCGCCCACUACACCACAACCAACAUUGCUCAAUCCAGGAGAAAUCUUAAAAACAUCUGGCAAAUACCCAAAGCCUACAAAGAUUCCAAAUAAAAAUUAUUGUAAGGAUGAGGUUGUCAUUCGUAACUCAGACUCAGGCAAAGUGAUGGGAAUCAAAGGAAGGAGGGUGCACAUGAUUGAAGAGAUGAGUGAAACCAUCAUUUCCUUUCAGCGAGUGAACCCUGGAGCAAAGGAGCGCUUGGUGCAAAUAACUGGUCCCACGGAAGAAAAGAUUGUUCACGCCCGUCAGUUAAUGGAAGAUACAAUUCGACGCAAUGCCUCCCCUGUGAGGCCUGAGCAACCUGAUGGAAUACGAGAGCAUCAUGAAACAUUGGGGGGCUCUAGCUCAAGCCUUAACAGCAGUGCUUCUGAAGAUAGUGUUCGCAUCUCACAAGGAGGUGCAAGACGUUCUACUUUGUUGCACAGCUUUUCUACGAAUGAUGCAAGUCUGGGAGAAUAUAAGUACACAGUUGCAGUUGGUAGUUGUGUGUUAAAAAUUACUUGCUCUAAUCAUGAUAUUGUACGGGCCGCCAAGUUGGUUUUAGAUGAGUAUUUUGCUGGUCAGGAUCUGGGAUACUUUGAUGGCUAUGAGGAAGAGUUGCCAUCCCCGUCAAAUACCUCGGCACCAGUUCCAAAUAGUUCAUCCAGCUCACCAACAACCUCUAUGCCGCUUACUUCUGUGGAAACUGCAGUUCCAGUGCCUCUGAGUGAAAUCCAAUCCCCAUCAGCAACAACUGAUCCUGCUCCAGUGUCUCUUAUUGAAACAGGAUCAAGUAUUAGCUCUACUGAGAACUCAGUCGCAGCCAUACCACAAAGCGACAGUGUUGAUGAUGAAGCUGUUGCUCCGACAAACCUACCUGCAGGAGAAUCUAUCAAGAGGAAACAAUACACAUAUGAAGAAUUGUUGUCUUUGGCAACAAGCCCCAUUUCUCAUGAUGCCCCACCUGAUUGGGCUCGCAUUGCAAGGGAUUUUCCGUCAAUUUUGAAGAAGAUGGAACCCUUUGAGGCAGCCUCCCAGUUUCUGGACUGAAACUCUUGAUUUUCCAGGCAACUUUCUUGUUAACCAAAGCAUCUGUAGUUUUAACUCUAGUCUUAAGAUUGUGAUCAUCUUUCCAAGUAUUCUUUUUCUCUUUUUGGAAUAUUUUUCCUUGCGUUAAUAUCUAAUAGUCUUUAUGAUUUGGUUCCAUUUGGUUCACCAUGUCUUGCCAAAAAAAUGUCUAGUGCUCUCUCAGCUGUAAUCUCCCUCCUAAUUUUGCUUCAUUUGUAUGUCAGAGGAGAAUUGUCUAUUUUAAGACCCAUCCCUCGCCUCCCCCCUGGGAAGGGGCCUUUUUUGCCCUUACAAUGGUAAUUAUAUUCUGUUCAGAAAAUUUAUUUAGAUGCAUGCAACCAACCAUUCAGUAAUUAAAUGUAUUAAUGGGGAACAAGAAUUUUCACUACUGAAAAUAUGAGGAGGUGAUGAUGUUGGAUAGAAAGUGACUGUCUUAAUAGUAUUUCAUAUUGAAAAGUAAAGCUUAUUUGAUGGUAUCGAGUAAGCUGUAACAUUGAUGCUAUCUAUAAUGAAUGUAUUUCCUUUUGACUGUUAUAACGUUUUUCUUGUGUAUGUGAUGCCGUUGGGCUGUAAGAUAAAGAUCUGUUUAUAACAUAAAGACUGUGAAUUUGGUUCGCCUUUGUUUUUGUUACAAGAAAUUUUAAUUGUACCUAUUCUUGACAAAUAAAUGUGCUUGUAUGAAUGUCAAA